UACCACGACGAAGAACUGCGGUCUCCCGUCUCUAUCGUUGGCGCUACAAUAAGUCAUCUUCUCCCAACACGAACUCUUUGUCAAGAUCCAACGGAGCCAUCAACGAUAUUAUAUAUUCACCAAACCUUGUUUGGUUAGUUUCGGAUUAUUUCGUCGCACGUAACACGCGUACCGGUGCCGUGAUCAAGCUCAACCCAUGCGACGAGCAUACAUCCAUGAGGGUCGCGUCCUUCGCAACCAAAAGCAAUGGGGAAGGGCUGCCCUCUGGACCUUUGUAGAAUGGAAACGGGUGGCCUGCCUCAUGCUGCCAGCCAUCCUGCUGUGGGUGACCAACCCUGCCAACCGGGUUCCGUGGUUCGGCGGAAAAAGCCUUUCCGAUGUCUUUCCGAGGUCGGCUAAGCCAUCUUGGCUAGUCGGACGCCCCCGAACUACCAACUAUGGGUUGUUUUCCCUGGAUGAAUCCAUCGAGGGCGUUACGCUCUCGGCAUGCCUGAGCCGGUGGGAGAUUUGCGCAUUUGGGGAUGCCUCGGUGGGUGGAUUGUGCGGAAACCUUGCGGACGCGAUGUGUCACCGCAAGCCUCUGCUUCCCUGGGAAUAUCACACUCGAGCCGGCAAUGGCCUUCACAGCAGCAACAACAACAUCGUCCAUGGCAGCGGUGGCGACGGAAUCACAAGCUACUAUGCCACUGCCGUUCGCAAUUUCGGUGCCGCAUUGGCCGAGGACCGCGUCUUUGUUGCACACCGGAUCCUCUGUUCCGUGCUGCUGCUCUCAGCGGCCUUCCAAUUUUGUUGCCCUCGGUUUCCAGCAUCGGGGCAGAUCCUCGGGGUUUCGAUCCCCGUGCCGUUUGCCUGGAUCCAGGAAGCGGUCGCCUCGGUGCUAUGGAACUCAACGGGGGGUACACUUCUGCGGGACCUGGUCUUCCAAACCACAGCGGUAUAUCCAGCAUUGCAGGAACUCGACCGAAUGCUUCCACGGCUUAGAUUCUCCUCGUGGCUUGUACGUCCGACGGGCCAAGAAUCCUUGGAUUAUGCACUGGCCGUCGCAGCUCUGGUGAUCGGCAUCGGAGGGGGAUCCAACGCACUGGCGGGCCUCAUGGUCGGAAGCAACAGCCAGUACCGUCGCUAUGGAUCGCUCGUUGGCUUCUCGGCUGCUGCGGCGGCAGCAAUGGGUUACGCAAUCCGCGCUACCACGGCGCAGGGCCGGUUAUACAUUCACGCGUACUAUUUCCCGCUCGCAAGUGGCGACCGCGAGGUAGGAUUGGUCCAAAUCUAUUGGACUUACGCGGCCUGGAUUUUUAUCGGUGGUACCCCACGAGGCUGGUAUUCGAGGCUGGUCGUGUGGUUGUUGGCUGGAUUGGGAGGGUCGCUAUACGCCGAGUUCCAUCUCUCUCACGUCGAACUCAGCGUGGUACGGGACCUCCUCGGUUUUUUUGGCCUAGCGUGAACGAUKGAUAUGAAACCUCUUGCAACACGAUACAUCGCAUUCMAUUCAUACAAUCAUACAUACCAUGAUGUUGUUGCAACGACAAUGAUGGGAAAUUGGAAAGGAGGGAAAUGCUGAUAGGAUUUCAAAGGAUGCAUUCAUAAAACGAAUGGGUGACGGGAAAAUCGGAUCGACUCGAAUCGAUUCAAAAGUGAUUCAUUGAUUCACAUCGAAUCGGAUCUAACGAGAGGAUCAAUGAGUUAUCAAUUCGUGUCAAACACCUUCACACAAAUAAAUUUUUGAUUGGAAUGGCUUUCGGUAAACGGAAGCUCGAAUGCGUCUUCGUUUUGCAUGGGCAACAUACUUCUGUUGCUUUACUUCGAACCACAAAAAGUUCUGCUCUAGAUGGCUAGAUGCAAACUUAGUAUUCUGUUCCUGGUUCUAUAAAGAAAUCGCAGAUCUUUUGGCUGCGUCUUUUUUGAUCAGCUGGCUGACUGGGCGACCGACCAGUCUUGAAUUCCAGCUCGACUUAGGACCGAUCGACUGGCGGAGAACUGUCUUCGUUGCUCCGCUCUUUAAAUUCGAGAGAAGGCACCCCAUAUGAUGUGGAUGGUAUCUGUAUGGCCGGAUCUAUAGCUCGUACGAUGAACGCGGAAACUAAUAGGAUCUUAUAGCAGUCAUUGCUACUAAUUUUAGACACUGCUUGGUUAGUACUUCUAUUUGUUUUUGGUACGAUCAAACAUGACUUUACAGAGUGUCUUUCUCAUCCGAUAAUAACUACCAACCCACGAU